UUCCAGCAGGCAGCAGCAGCCAGCUCCCCCUCCCCCUCCCCCUCCCCCUGUGGCCUUCUCCCACUAGUCAAUACUCACGGCGCAGUACGCCACCCACCACCUCGCCAUUAAAGAAAGAGGAGGCAACAAGGCAAGUCGCGGGCAGCGGCCGGCAUGACGUCGGGGGCGGCGGCCGCGGGCGGGCUGGGGCGCACGCCGACGUGGAAGGAGCGGGAGAACAACAAGCGGCGGGAGCGCCGGCGCCGGGCCAUCGCCGCCAAGAUCUUCACGGGGCUCCGCGCGCUCGGCAACUACAAGCUCCCCAAGCACUGCGACAACAACGAGGUGCUCAAGGCGCUCUGCCGCGAGGCCGGCUGGGUCGUCGAGGACGACGGCACCACCUACCGGAAGGGAUGCAAGCCGCCGCCGGGGAUGAUGGGCCCGUGCUCGUCGUCGCAGCUGCUCAGCGCGCCGUCCUCGAGCUACCCGAGCCCGGUCCCGUCCUACCACGCCAGCCCGGCGUCGUCGAGCUUCCCGAGCCCCACGCGCCUGGACCCCAGCAGCGGCAGCAACACCAACAACCCGGGCGCCGCCGCCGCGGCCUCCUCGCUGCUCCCGUUCCUCCGGGGCCUGCCCAACCUCCCGCCGCUCCGCGUCUCCAGCAGCGCCCCCGUCACGCCGCCGCUCUCCUCGCCCACGGCGGCGUCGCGCCCGCCUACCAAGGUCCGCAAGCCCGACUGGGACGCCGUCGCCGUCGACCCGUUCCGGCACCCCUUCUUCGCGGUCUCGGCCCCCGCCAGCCCCACCCGCGCGCGCCGGCGCGAGCACCCGGACACCAUUCCCGAGUGCGACGAGUCCGACGUCUGCUCCACCGUGGACUCCGGCCGGUGGAUCAGCUUCCAGAUGUUCGCGGCGACGACCGCGCCCGCCUCGCCCACGUACAACCUCGUCAACCCGAGCAGCGGCGCCUCCGCCUCCACCUCCAUGGAGCUGGACGGGAUGGCAGCCGCGGAGUUCGAGUUCGACAAGGGCCGCGUCACGCCGUGGGAAGGCGAGCGGAUCCACGAGGUCGCCGCCGAGGAGCUCGAGCUCACGCUCGGCGUCGGCGCCAAGUGAAGCGACGGCCAAUCUCGCAAAAGCUCGGAUCUUUGAGCUCCUGUACUGCAAGUCUGCAAUGCCAUGAGCAUCGAGUUCGAGUACCAGCUGAUCGCGGUUCUUGUGAGAUCAGCGGCGGCAAAUGUGUAGUACUCCUAGCUGCGUGACGAAAUUGACGACGCAUUUCGUGCUUUCGAUCGGCCGCUUCGAUGUAGGUGUAGGUGAUGCUGUUGUUUCAUUUCAUUCAUCAUGGACUGAUGAGAAAUUGAGGAACCAGAACAACCGUUCGUUCGUCUGUGAAUUGGAUCGGAUCACCGAUUGUUUUUGAAGUAAAGGAUCACCGAUUGUAUCGUCACCCAUUCAUCA